GGGUCUACAUCCGCGUCCCGAAAUAUAGUUCCCACGUUUAAAACCAUCGCGCAGCCGAUCCACGGCGCUCGGUGAUCACCCGCCGCCGGUCCACGUGUGGCCGGGGCGGCAGCUUCACCGGCACCGGGGAAGCCAUUGGACGACAGACGGCCGCAGGCCCGGCCAUGGGGGAGAGGAACACUCGGAUGAAAGCCUCGAUCUGAUUGGCCAAGAUCCUGGGGAGGCUCGGAACCAUUGAUGGCCGUUUCUGCCUGAGCGAAACCGCGACGCUUCACACAUGAGAUUCGUUAACAUGGAGCUCAUCACAAUCCUAGAGAAAACCGUGUCUCCAGACCGCAAUGAGCUGGAGGCGGCGCAGAAGUUUCUGGAACAGGCGGCUGUUGAGAAUCUGCCUACCUUCUUGGUGGAACUCUCAAAGGUACUAGCAAACCCAGGAAACAGUCAAGUUGCUCGAAUUGCAGCUGGUCUACAAAUCAAGAAUUCAUUAACCUCUAAGGACCUUGAUGUCAAGACGCAGUAUCAGCAAAGGUGGCUGGCAAUUGACAGCAAUGCUCGUCGAGAAAUCAAAACCUUCGUCUUGCAAACUCUGGGAACAGAGACCUACAGGCCCAGCUCUGCAUCUCAGUGUGUUGCUGGAAUUGCAUGUGCAGAGAUCCCUGUUGUUCAAUGGCCUGAGCUCAUUCCUCAUCUUGUUGCAAAUGUGACAAACCCGAAUAGCACCGAACAUAUGAAAGAGGCAACUUUGGAAGCCAUUGGUUACAUAUGCCAGGAUAUAGACCCUGAACAACUACAGGACAAAUCGAAUGAAAUCCUUACUGCAAUUAUUCAAGGAAUGCGUAAGGAGGAGCCCAGCAACAACGUAAAGUUAGCUGCAACAAAUGCACUGCUCAACUCCUUGGAAUUCACCAAAGCUAACUUUGACAAAGAGUCUGAGAGGCACUUUAUUAUGCAAGUAGUUUGUGAAGCAACUCAGUGUCCUGAUACAAGGGUGAGAGUGGCUGCCUUGCAAAACUUGGUGAAGAUCAUGUCUCUAUAUUACCAAUAUAUGGAAACUUAUAUGGGUCCUGCUCUCUUUGCUAUUACUAUUGAAGCUAUGAAGAGUGAUAUUGAUGAAGUAGCCCUACAAGGAAUAGAAUUCUGGUCUAAUGUCUGUGAUGAGGAAAUGGAUCUGGCUAUUGAAGCUUCUGAGGCAGCAGAACAGGGAAGGCCUCCUGAGCAUACAAGUAAAUUCUAUGCAAAAGGGGCACUACAGUAUUUGGUACCUAUUCUAACGCAGACAUUGACUAAACAGGAUGAAAAUGACGAUGAUGAUGAUUGGAAUCCAUGCAAAGCUGCUGGUGUUUGUCUCAUGUUACUUGCAACCUGUUGCGAGGAUGAUAUUGUCCCACAUAUACUUCCAUUUAUUAAGGAACACAUCAAAAAUCCGGACUGGAGGUACAGAGAUGCAGCAGUGAUGGCAUUUGGUUCUAUUCUGGAAGGACCUGAACCCAAUCAACUUAAACCACUUGUGAUACAGGCAAUGCCCACGCUGAUUGAGCUAAUGAAAGAUCCUAGUGUUGUGGUUCGGGAUACUACAGCCUGGACUGUGGGACGAAUUUGUGAGUUGCUUCCUGAGGCUGCCAUCAAUGACAUGUACCUGGCUCCAUUACUACAGUGUCUUAUUGAAGGUUUGGGAGCUGAACCUAGAGUGGCUUCUAAUGUUUGUUGGGCAUUCUCCAGUUUAGCAGAAGCUGCUUAUGAAGCUGCAGAUGUAGCAGAUGAUCAGGAAGAGCCUGCAACCUAUUGCUUGUCGUCAUCAUUUGAAUUGAUAGUACAAAAACUGUUGGAAACUACUGAUAGGCCUGAUGGACAUCAAAAUAACUUGAGGAGUGCUGCAUAUGAGGCAUUGAUGGAGAUAGUCAAGAAUAGUGCCAAGGAUUGCUAUCCAGCUGUGCAGAAAACAACUCUGGUUAUCAUGGAAAGGCUACAACAAGUAUUACAAAUGGAGUCUCACAUUCAAAGUACCUCGGACAGAAUUCAGUACAAUGAUCUUCAAUCUCUCUUGUGUGCGACUCUACAGAAUGUCCUAAGAAAGGUCCAGCAUCAGGAUGCACUGCAGAUUUCGGAUGUGGUGAUGGCUUCAUUGCUAAGGAUGUUCCAGAGCACUGCUGGCUCUGGGGGUGUGCAGGAAGAUGCCCUCAUGGCUGUUAGCACCCUUGUUGAAGUGUUGGGUUCAGAGUUUUUGAAGUACAUGGAUGCCUUUAAACCAUAUCUAGGGAUUGGACUGAAGAAUUAUGCAGAGUAUCAGGUUUGUCUUGCAGCAGUAGGCUUGGUUGGUGACUUGUGCAGAGCACUGCAAUCUAACAUGCUGCCUUUCUGUGAUGAAAUGAUGCAACUCUUACUGGAGAAUCUGGGGAAUGAAAAUGUUCACCGGUCUGUUAAGCCACAGAUUUUAUCUGUGUUUGGGGAUAUUGCCCUUGCUAUUGCAGGAGAAUUUAAGAAAUAUCUAGAUAUUGUCCUGGACACCCUUCAGCAGGCUUCCCAGGCCCAGGUAGACAAAACGGAUUAUGAUAUGGUGGAUUACCUGAAUGAACUAAGAGAAGGUUGUCUGGAGGCGUAUACUGGCAUUAUUCAGGGUCUGAAGGGUGACCAAGAGAAUGUACAUCCUGACGUCAUGUUGGUACAACCAAGAGUAGAAUUCAUUCUUUCCUUUAUUGAUCACAUUGCACGAGAUGAAGAUCAUACUGAUGGAGUAGUAGCUUGUGCUGCAGGACUGAUAGGAGAUUUGUGUACAGCAUUUGGGAAGGAUGUACUGAAACUAGUUGAAGCCAGGCCUAUGAUUCAUGAACUUUUGACUGAAGGAAGACGAUCAAAAACAAACAAAACUAAAACUUUGGCCACAUGGGCUACUAAAGAGCUUCGAAAACUGAAAAAUCAAGCUUGAUUUCUGACAGCAAUGGGAUAAGGAAGACACCUGAGACCCCACUGGAAUUCUCAAAUCUUUGGAACAGAAGUGAGGAGUGUGCAAGGAUGUUGAAUGUUUGAGAAUGUGCGAAUGAGUGAGUGAGGUUUGCAUCACACCACCUGAUCCAGCAGUAUCCAGGACUGAACGCCGAAACAAAGGCCAAUGUAACCUGCAACAAGAACGAGAAGUCCCCUUCUGUCAAACAACGGGAGUGUUUUAAGAAAAUUAAUUCCAAAAGGAUUAUGAACAUUGCUGCUGGGAGGAAAAUUGGAUCCUCUGCCUGGCUGAUGUAAUCGUACUACGUGGAAAUUCGUGCAUGAAUAAUGAGGUUGAGGUUCUUGGUCAGGGAUGAGUGUGUGUGAGUGAGAAGGCAUACACUUUCUCUACUUCAGAUUCAUUACAAUUUACUUAAAGUGGUUAGCAUUUGCAUUAAAGAGUUGAAUCUACUGAAGCAGCACAAAAAGAAUUGAAUGAGAGUUACUCUUAUUGGGAAACACUGAUGAAUGCUCAGAGCUUCCUUGUGCGAAGCUUUCAGUUAGUCUUCAGCCUAGUUUAAGGAGAUGGUAUCCCCUUUUUAAAUAGCUUGCAUUGGCUAUAUUUUAAACCAUUGAAUCAGAUCCACGCAACAUGCCAUUUAACCUAUUCCAACUAUUUUUGAAAAUAUCCAUAUAGUUUCUCUAAAAUACAACAGAUUUUGUAUAGACCUUUAGAAAAGGUGGCCUAUUUUUAGCAGUGUUACUGCCAUUUGCUUUGGAAAAAUAGAUGCAUUGUGUUCUACAAGAAGGCUGGGAUAGACAAAUAAAUGGUGUGUUUAGGUGUUCUUUUUCCAUACCUCUAAAUUCAGUGCAUGUAGGCUAACAAAGGGAUUGUGGUCAAGCAAAUGUGGUGGCUGGGGACACAAUUUGAAAUAGCCCUAUAAAAUAAUUAGGUGUGAUCAGGAUGGCAAUUAUAAACCCUCUGUAUCUUGUCACCAUUGUCACACCACCAUCUUUGCCGACCAGAUGUUUUUGAAUUGAUGGCGAUUUGGCCGCAUUUAGGCUGAGGGCUUGUCGCUUUUUCUUCACAUCAUGAAGGAUACUAUCUCUUUAAAAGAAAAAAAAGCCUUUCUUUCCCCUGUAUAAAGAGAAAUAAAACUGUGAAAAGUGUAAAUGAUGCAGAGGGAUUUGAAAAGGUUAAAGAAAUCAAAAUGGAAAUGCAUCAUGCCCUAAUCUGCCGGAUAGCACUUUGGAAUCCCUUCCCCUCCACAAUUUGUACUGUAGCAGCUGAAACAACAGAGUGCCAAAGAUUUAUUAAUUGUAUUCAGGUCAUGCUUUGGAUUUCUAAAGAGCUUGGAGGAAAAACAAAUCAAAUUUCAUAUUGAAAGUAGGCAUAUAAAAUGCCAUUCAAACUGCUUGGUGAUCUAUCUGCUUUUAUUUGAUUAGGAAAAUAAAAACAAAAUUGUGGUAUUGAUGUCUCGCUGCACUUGGUAUCAGACAUUAACUAAACAGGACACACUUGUAAACAAAGUGGCAUAUUUUUUCCAACUAAGUCUGAAUUUAAAAAGUGUCAAAACAUUCCCCAGCACAACUUGUACUUAGUUUUACAUUAUGUGAUCGCUGAAAUAAGUACUUGUUCCACACAAUAAUGUAAUCCAACUGAAACAGGGUAUUGGAUAUGUGCCUUAGUGUCAGAGGUUAAUGCAAUUUGGUGGAGUUAUUCAUACCACUUCAGUGUAGGCUGAGAAGAGAGGCACCAUGUAUUUACACUGGCAAAAGGGUGUUUUAUCCAGUUAAUAAUUGCAUACUGGGAAAGGUCUGGGCCUUUUCAUGCCUUUAUUUUGUACUUUGGAGAUCGUACUGAUGGGGAAUUCUGAUCAUUCCUCAGUGCUACCUGUUGCUGUCCUGUGGGCUUUCAGCUGUAGAAAACAGGAUAAUAAAGUACACUGAGAAAUAGUAAA